AUGCCGACGGUGGACCGGGCCUGUGCAAGCACAGCCUUAAAGAGUGGUCGAUCCAUAGAUUCAGCUUCGGGCAUGGCUUUUAAAAAGUUCAUUGUUUGGAAUAAACUUCAGCAUCAUAUUAAACGCGCCGGAACUGGUCUCCUAGGAUGCCUGGACGCAGAACAGCUCUGGGGCAUUUCCGCGAGUCCCGCUAGGAGUCCGGAGCUCCUGCGGCACAUGCCCGGCAGAGGAAGCAAGGGCAGAGACAGCUGGGGCCGGAGUGGUUUACCGCUAAUGCCACGUGGGAAGCCGGACGAUAAUGUUACUAAGAACAUCAUAACAGGAGUACAUUUACAUUCCUUCAAGGUUUCAAAAAGACGUCUACACAGCGAGUCAGUAUCCACCUGGAACGAGAGCUUAAUCGCUGAAGUGUACUGCUUGGUAAAUACAUGAACUUGAAUGGAUUUGGACGUUAAAGGAGUUGCUGCUUCUCCUUCAACUCAAACUCUGCCAUUCUCUGGAAGAAAGAAGCCAGUACAACAAAGAUGGACCUAAUCAUGUGCUAUGGAGGAUCCUUGCCUACCUGUGGUCCCACAACUUGAUUUGGGAAGCCUUGUUGACUCUGAUGAUGAGGAUGGUUUACCAUAUAUGCCACUUAGUACAGCCCAUAUUCAUUUUAACCCAACAAAUUCGUCUUUUGCUUUUGGUUGGGUAACACCAUGUCACAAACUGUAUAAUCAGCAUCAUCUAUAUGACCUGGACAGAAUACCUGAAAAUUUGCCAGCACCAACAGACAAAUAUAAACUAAAACAUCAGCAAUACAAAACUGAAAUGAAGGGGGGAUAUAAACAAUACAGUCAGAGAAAUGCCGAAAAGGCAAAGUCAAGUGUCACAUAUCAACAGACUCCAAGAAACAAGACAGAUGAUAAGUGUGUACAAGACGCAGAAGGCAUCACAGAUGGUCUGACAACUCUGGACAGGAAAGCCUUGCUACAGCAGGGUUAUGCAGACAAUGCUCACAUUCUCCAGCGGAGUACGGGAAAAUCUGAUGCUGAUGUUGUGGCUGCAGAGAAGAAGAAACAGAUGGUUGCAGAGCAAGUGAUGAUAGACCACUUAUCCAGGGCUGUAAUCAGUGAUCCAGAGCAAAAUUUAACCUCUGAGAAGCAAGAAAUUUCUCAUAUCCUUCCAGAUUCAAAGCUGGCACCUAUUCGAUUUAGGAAAAGAACACUGCAUGAAACAAAGAUAAGAACCCAGUCUACAUUAACUGAAAAUAUCCUUUCUCAUAAAGUGCAGUUUGAUGGUAGGAUCAUAUCAAGAAAUGGACGUGAUGCUUGCAGAGAGCUGGUCGGAUUCUUUUUCACUCAUGACCAGUCCCUUACAAUUUAUGAGUAUCGGCAAUUUGGGAAAAAUAGAACAAAUGUGCUUCCUUUUAUUCAAAAAAACGUUUAUUGUCAUCAGCGUGGACGAAGAAAAGGAAAGCAGUACCAACUUGGUGAUCUUUAUAUUGGUGCAAACUUGACAUUUCUGAGCUCUGAUCAUCCCAGACUUCCAGAAAGUGUGAAAGAGAAUACAGUGCUUACACUUCGAAUCACAAAUGUUGACUGGAGAGCUUUGCCUUCUCUCAAAACUGAUUCUGUGGAACAUGAUGAUGUAACCAAUGAAGAAGCUAAUGAUAGGAUGAUUUUCAAGGCCAUUCAAGACACGCUGAAAGAACAACUUCGUAAAAGAGGUGUUCGCACUUUGACUGGAUUGGGAAAAUACCUUCAACAACUGGACAAAGAAGGAAACGGACUUUUAGAUAAGGCAGAUUUUAAGCAAGCUCUAAAAUUAUUUCGCUUAGAAGUGUCCGAAAACGAUUUUGAGUCUUUGUGGCUAAUCCUAAAUAGCAGUGACAGUGGCAGGGCUGAUUACGGAGAACUCAAACGUGCCAUAAUUGGUGAGAUGAACGAAUAUAGGAAAUCAUUUGUUCGAAAGGCCUUUAUGAAACUGGAUUUUAACAAAACAGGCAGUGUGUCUAUUAUAGACAUAAGAAAAUGUUAUUGUGCAAAGAUGCAUCCUCAAGUAAUUUCAGGACACUCCACAGAGGAAGAAAUCAAAGCAUCUUUUCUAGAGACGUUAAAAAAUGCCUGCAGCAAGUCUGAUGAGGUGUCAUACGGUGAAUUUGAAGAUUACUAUGAAGGUCUAAGUAUAGGGAUAGUAGAUGAUGAAGAUUUUGUCAGCGUCUUAUGUACUCCUUGGGGGAUUUAGUUUUUUAAAUGAAUAUGUCACCAGCACUAAGCAUGGAGAGAUGAAUGUGAAGUAUCAAACACCAGAAUGUAGAUCUCUAAGAUUCUCUUUAUUCUGUUUGUUUGUUGUGCUCUUAAAGAAGCUGGGCUUGGAAGGAGAAGCGUUCAGAAGGACAGAUGGAAGGGCAUAUGUAUAGUCACACACACGCAGGCCUGUGCUCACCUGUUUAUAAGUUUCCAACGAGCUGUCUUUCUGGUUUUCC